AGCUUCUAGUCUCGGUAUCUCUGCCAGAGUGUUUGUGUGUGUGUGUCUUAUCGUAUAGUCUGACUGCUUAUCAGUUAUUGCCUUCCGUGGGAUCUUAUCAGCUGCUAGCCCCGUCCCAGUCCAACACAAACGAAAGAUUGAGAAAACAAACUGGGAAAACGCAGAGAGCUUGCGUUCACUGGAAAUGCCAAAUGAUAGCGUGAUCAAAUUCUUAGCAAAUCCAGUCAGCUAACUUCCUACACUGCAAUUCAAAUUGGGCAUUAAAUUAAUUAUUAAAUUUUUAUAUAUUUUAUUUGCACAACUUUUGAGGCAAUCCUGAUAAAUAAUUUGAAAUUGAAUAGUUAUGAAUUCAAGUGUUCAUAAUAUUACCCAUUAAAUAUGUAUGAAUGUAAAUAUUCUUCCCUUUUGAUAUAUCAAAACUCUAUAUUUAAAUACUAAACCAUUUUGGUUUAUAUUUUCUCCGUGCAUAUGUAGGCUCUUAUCACUGUUGACACAGCUGGAGGCUCUGUUCUGUUUUCUCCUUCUCCUUCUGCGUCUGUUUCGGCUUCACCUACUGUCACUACACAUUUUCUGUCUAUGUUUUUGAUUGUCUCUCUGUGCGACCGCUCCGCUCCGGAACGUGGCGGCGCAUUGCGAGCGGAGAAAUAUAACCGUUCUUAACUCUUUUGCAGCCCAACUAAACUAAUCCAAACCAAAGGUGAAUGGGAACUAUCAUUUUAAAGUAGAAAAAACCAAAAACCAAGACUAUAAAAACCAAAAAUUACGUAGAACAUUAACCCUAGAAGUAAAGAUCGAGCUGGUGCCGGUGUCUCCAAGGGAAGGCCCCUGAAAAAUAACCAAAAGUUACAAAAACUAAGUAAUAAAAAAAAACAAAACGAAAACGAAAUGGUACGCAGUCGUCGCAGCUUGUCCAAGGAGGAUGCGGUAUCCCUGCUCACGGACAGUGGCAUCUCACUAUCCUCACCGCCUGCAGCACGAGAUUCUUCGCCCAUAACACCCACCUCCAUAAAGAGGCGGAAGAGCAGCUUGGCCAGUCUGCGAGAUGCCUGCACCGAAGACGAUGAAGAUCAGGACACCAAGGACGACGACUAUGUGCAGCCACCGCCGAAGAAGUCCCCACGCAAAGUUGAAACAGGAAAGCGAAAGCAUCACAUUUGCAGCCACUGUUCCAAGGAGUUUGGCGGCAAGACAGAUCUACAGCGCCACAUGCUCAUCCACUCGGACGAAAGGCCCCACAAGUGUAAGGACUGCGGGAAGAGCUACCGCCAGGCGGUGAAUCUCAAGAACCACAUCACCACCGCCCACGAGCACCGAAAACAGUUUUCCUGUUCGCAGUGUCCCAAGUCGUUUGCCCUAAAGGAGCGCCUGCGCCUGCAUAUGCGACUCCACUCCGGUGAGAAGCCGUAUCCUUGCGCCCUGUGCGACAAGAAAUUCGCCAGGGGAGGUCAGCUCCAGCAGCACAUGGUGUCGCAUCACAAGACCAGCAUCCAGCAGUUUAACUGCACCAAGUGCUCGGCCAGCUUUUCGACCAACGCCAAUCUGCGGGUUCACAUGGAGCGCCACGAACAGGGCAUGGAGCACCGGUGCAGCAUCUGCGAGAGCCAGUUUGCCAAUGAGUUGGCCCUGCGAGCCCAUAUCAACCAGGAGCACCAUAAACUGACCCAGUUUGAGUGCGAAAUCUGUCACAAGACCAUUGAGCCGGACGAGGAUCUGGCCACUCACAUGCAGAAGCAUGCGGCGGUGAAGACGCAUGUCUGCGAGGUGUGCAACUCAUACUUUACCCAGAAGAGUCAGUACAAUGUUCACAUGCGGAUGCAUACGGGCGAGCGGCCCUACCAGUGUCGGAUUUGCCAUCAGACCUUUGCCCACUCCAGCGUAUUAAAGCUACACAUCCGCAAGCACACGGGCGAGAAACCCUUUCGCUGCCAGCUGUGCGAGGAUGAGGUGGCCUUCUCCCAGCUGGCGCAUCUGAAGAACCACAUGAAGAAGAUCCACAAGCAGCAGAAGCCGUACAUGUGCGAGGGCUGCCACGAGUUCUUCAAGAUCAAGGUGGAGCUACAGGCGCAUUCGGAGCAGUGUGCCAAGUGUCCCGCGGGCGGGGACGAGGCCAGCGAUAACCAAUCCGUAGAUACGGCCGCCCUUUCCACCAUGCGCUUCAAUAUAGCCGUGGUUUUGAAAAAAAUAAGCUCAGCGCAGAAGUUACGCCAGUUGGGCUACGAGAAGCGUCUCAUAGACAAUGUGAUCAUUGCAUCUUUAAAGCUUGCCCAAAGGCCCACGCAUGACGACGCCAAGCUGACGCCCCUGGCCCGGCUCCGUCUGAAUGUGGAGGAGUUCCUCAAGUGGAUUGUGCCGGCGCCCACAAUGAAAAAGUUCAGCGAGGAGCUGCUGUCCAUCGACACCAUUCUCGACAAGAUAGCCACCAUGUAUAUGAAGCAGAAGUAGAAGCCAGGAAGUUGCCAGCCAACGGAAAAUGCAAUUGUGCCAUAGAAGGAUUUGUAGAACUAGUUCUUGCCAUUUAGCUUAGUGUUUAGUUCAACCCAAAGUGUCGUAGAACGAAAACCGACCAAAUAAUUUAUCCCAAAGAUGUUUACCUUGUAGUACUGAACCAACUUUAGUUCCAAUUUUGCUGCAACCAAAAAGAAAGUUAUUUUGAAAAAUAUAUUUCUAUCUAGUUUUAUAUACAUAUAUAUAUUUAGAGUUAAGCCCUUGUUUUGAUGCAAUAAUUUAUGUAAUAAUUAUGUUUAAACCCGAUCGUACUGAUCCCUCAUAUAUUCUAUCUAUUUUUAGUCUUGCCAGAGCAGAAGAUAACAGCUCAAGUACAAUUUAAUUUUUUGUGGCCAUGCAAAUAACGAAUAAGCUUAAUGCAUUUAGUUUGCUUUGCUAUUUUUCCUUCCUCUUUAGCUUCCCCCUUAGGUUAACUUGAAAAAGUGUACAAGCAAAUUAUGUAAAGAGUGCAAAUCCAAAGUGUACAAGCAAAUAAAUGGAAUGCAAAUCAAAAUUAAAGCAUAAAUAAACAAUUGUAUAAG